CCAACAUCUUGCUGUUGCCCAGGACUGCUCCUGUCUACCCUGGAGCUCCUCACAGACCGUCCAAGCUGUCUCUGCACCAGUCAGUAGCUAGGAGGCCCACAGCUGCCCAGACCAACCAGCUGUUUUUCAAGCCUGAGCCAGCCAAACCCUCUACAUUUAGUAAACAGAGACUGGGCUAGGCACGUCUGCGUGAGGCGACCGGUCCCACUGCCCUGUGGUGCAGAAGAAAGGAGAGGCGGAGGGAAGGCCAUGACAGAGUAAGAAGGAAGCCGCUGGCUGUACAAUGAAAACAUUCAUUCUUCUGCUGCUGGUGCUCCCGGACCUGGCACCAGCCCAAGGACCACUCCACAGGGUGCCCCUCAGGAGGCAUCAGUCCCUCCGAAAGAAGCUACGAGCCCGGGGCCAGCUCUCCGAGUUCUGGAAAUCCCAGAAUUUGGACAUGAUCCAGUUCACCGAGACCUGCACAAUGGACCAGAGUGUCAACGAGCCCCUCACCAACUACUUGGAUAUGGAAUACUUUGGUACCAUCUCCAUCGGCUCCCCACCGCAGAACUUCACCGUUAUCUUUGAUACCGGCUCCUCCAACCUCUGGGUCCCCUCAGUGUACUGCACCAGCUCAGCCUGCAAGACACAUGCCAGGUUCAACCCUGCCCAGUCCAACACAUACAGUGCAGUGGGGAGCCAUUUCUACAUUCAGUAUGGGACCGGCAGCUUGUCUGGGAUCAUCGGGGCCGACCAAGUCACUGUGGAAGGACUGACUGUGGUCGGCCAGCCAUUUGGAGAGAGCGUCACGGAGCCUGGCCAGACCUUUGUAAACGCAGAGUUUGAUGGAAUUCUGGGCCUGGGAUACCCCUCCUUGGCUGUUGGAGGGGUGACUCCAGUGUUCGACAACAUGAUGGCCCAGAACCUGGUGGAUGUACCCAUGUUUUCUGUCUAUAUGAGUAGUGACCCAGAAGGUGGUUCAGAGAGCGAGCUGAUUUUUGGAGGCUAUGAUCACUCCCAUUUCUCUGGGAGUCUGAAUUGGGUCCCGGUCACCAAGCAAGGCUACUGGCAGAUUGCACUGGACACAAUCCAGGUGGGGGGCACCGUGAUGUUCUGCUCAGAAGGCUGCCAGGCCAUUGUGGACACGGGCACCUCCCUCAUCACAGGCCCCUCGAAUGAGAUCAAGCAGCUGCAAAAGGCCAUUGGCGCAGAGCCCAUGGAUGGAGAAUAUGCUGUGGAGUGUGACAAUCUCAAUGUCAUGCCGGAUGUCACCUUUACCAUCAAUGGAGUCCCCUAUGCUCUUCAACCAACUGCCUACACCCUGCUGGACUUUGUAGAUGGAAUGAAGUUCUGCCCCAGUGGCUUUCAAGGUCAGGACAUCCCGCCUCCAUCUGGGCCCCUCUGGAUCCUGGGCGAUGUCUUCAUUAGACAGUUUUACUCCGUCUUUGACCGAGGGAAUAACCGUGUGGGGCUGGCCCCAACUGUCCCCUAAAUAGGGGCCUUGUGUCUGUGCCUGCCUGCCUAACUCCCUUUGGAAAUACAGCUGGGCCUGUUAGGUUGGGGCAUUAUUCACACCUGUCAAAAAGUCAUUUUCAAUAAAAUGCAUGUUUCAGAACUGCCAUUUGAAUUAGGACCAAACAUA